AUGGCCGACCCAUACACCUCGCACUUCAGCCUUAACAACAUCCCCUAUGGCAUCGGCAGCUCCACCCAGCGACCCUCUCCGCAAGCCGUAACCCGAAUCAAUGAUUCCAUAAUCUUCCUCGCUGAGCUGUCCACACAUCUCGCUUUCUCCUCCAUCCACGCCCAACUACCCACCAUCUUCUCCCACCCGACCCUGAAUGCCCUUGCCGCCCUCCCGCACAAUCUACAAUCCGAGAUCCGCGCCGCCAUCCGCAAAACCCACACCGAAAACCCUGAGGCGGCCGCCGAGCCCCUCGAAAAUGUGACAUUGCACCUCCCCCUCGCCAUCGGCGACUUCACAGACUACUCCGCGAGCGCGAACCACGUCCUCAACGCCGGCGAGGCCAUUCUUGGGGUCCGACAAUUCCCGCCCGCAUUCCAUGCAUACCCCGUCGGCUACGCAGGGCGCUGUUCCAGCAUCGUUGUAAGCGGAACGCCGAUCACGCGACCCCUGGGGCAAUAUCUCGAAGACCCGCGGGCGGCGGAGAAGAAAAUCGUGUUUGGCGCGAGUCGGGCUCUGGACUACGAGUUCGAGGUUGGGGCUAUCAUUGGGCAGCCUGUGGCGCCGGGGACGUUUCUGCAUGCCAAAGACGCGGAUAAGCACAUCUUUGGACUCGUCCUUGUGAACGACUGGUCCGCGCGGGAUAUACAAGGGCUGGAGAUGAACCCCCUGGGUCCGUUCAACGGGAAGAACUUCGGCACGUCGGUGGGGCCGUGGGUGGUCACGCUCGACGCACUGAAGGCCCACGAGGUGGCCGCGCCGGAGCGGAUGAAGCCCGUAGCACCGUUCAUGGAUGACGAGGGCGCAGUGAAUUAUGAUAUUCGGCUUACGGGGGCAAUCACACGAGGCGGUAAGAAGACGACAACUUGUGAGGUGGGGUUCGAGACGAUGUAUUGGACGUUUAGGCAUAUGUUGGCGCAUCAUGUUGUUGGAGGGUGCGGGCUGCGGACUGGUGAUCUGAUCGCGAGCGGGACCGUGAGCGGAGAACAAGAGCACGAGCAUGGCUGCUUGCUUGAGCUGACGAAGAAUGGGAAACAAGCUAGCAAGCUGAGUGAUGGGAGUGAGUUGAGGUAUCUCGCCGAUGGUGACGAGGUAACUUACGAAGCUAUUAUCGGCGAUGGGAGCGCAGGUAUCGGGUUCGGGGCGUGUGUUGGUGUUGUAAAGCCGGCGAGGCAAGUGUGA